GCCCUUGUGAUGGGCCAGGGGAGCUGGGCCUGGCUGCUGAGUUCCAGCCCCAUUGCUACUCUGUCUGACACAGCGUCUUUCCACUAGAUCACAGCCACAGAUGCAGACAGUGGCCCCUUUGGCUCCCUCUCCUACUCCAUCGGCUCCGGCAUCGGCAGUGUUGUGCCUACACAGUUCACCAUCGAUGAGCACACUGGGCAGCUGUGCACAGUGCAGGGCUUGGACCUUCACCGUCAUUGCUGUUGAUGGGGGCGGCCUGAACUCCAUGGUAUACGUGAAGGUUUUCCUGGAGGAUGUGAACGAUAACAGGCCGGUGUUCUACCCGCUGGAGUACGCGGCCAGCAUCAGCACCCAGAGCAUGCCAGGCACAGCCGUGCUGCGCGUCACGGCCCACGACAAGGACGAGGGCCCACACGGGAAGGUGACCUACCACAUUGUCUCAGGGAACUCGCCCCCUCUCUUCUCUCUGCACAAGGACACGGGUGUCGUUUCCCUCUCAUGGUCCCUGAGUGGCAAAGCCAACACGCUGGUGCAGCUGGUGAUCUCGGCACGAGAUGGGGGGGGCCUCUCAACUCAACCCAAUGCCCAAGUGAACAUCAGCAUCGUGGCUGGCACAGUCUCACCCCCUGUCUUCGAGCAGGCUCAGUACUUCUUCACUGUGCCUGAGGACGCUCAGCAGGGAGUGAGCGUGGGGGCCGUCCGGGCCCACAACCCCCCGGGUCACUCUGAUGACAUCUUUUAUUCCAUCUCCUCGGGAGAUCCCCACGGCUAUUUCUGCAUGGACUCCAGCUUGGGACAGCUCCGCAUCAGCCUCCCUCUGGACCAUGAGGUCCAGGCGGUUCUGGUUCUGGACGUGCAGGCCCGGAGUGGCUCACCGCCUGCCUACAGCAAUGCGCAGGUGAAGAUUGCCGUGUCAGAUGUGAAUGACAAUGCGCCAGCCUUCCUGGCCCCUUCGGACUCCAUCCUGCUGCCAGAGGCCACAGAGGUGGGGGCUACUGUCUACACGCUGCAGGCGGAGGAUCGGGAUAGUGGUGCCAAUGGGCAGGUGCACUUUGAGCUGGUGUCGGGUGGGGACGGCAUCUUCAGCGUGGAGCGCUCCUCAGGCACAGUGCGGCUGGGGGGGGCCCUGCAGUACGAGGCCAGUGCUGCCUAUGAGCUAGCCGUGGUGGCACGGGACAGCGGUGUGCCCCAACUCAGUGCCACCUUCACCCUGCUGGUGCACGUGCAGGCAGAGCAUGACCAUGGGCCCAUCUUCGACACACUCACCUACCGUGUGGAGGUGCGGGAGGGCACGCCUGUCUCCACUCGCGUCCUGCAGGUGCGGGCCCUGGGGCGGGACGCCGGCACCACGCCCCUCACUUACCACCUGCGUGCUGAUGGCGACGCUGCCAGCUUUGGCAUUGUGCCCGAAAGCGGCUGGCUCUACGUCAAGAGUGCGCUGGACCGGGAGACGCGGGACCUGUACAUGCUGACAGUGCUGGCGUCUGCAGGGGCAGGCGGCACCAGCAGUGAAGCCAGGAAGACGGGCACCAGCACGGUGCGGGUCAGCAUCACUGAUGAGAAUGACAACAGUCCUCGGCUCAGUGAGGAGCGCUACUUCUUCACCAUUGCAGAGAACCAGCCCCCGGGCAGCAGGGUGGGCAAGGUGACCGCCAGUGACCGGGACAUGGGGCAGAACAGCCGUCUCACCUACCGCCUCCUCCAGCAUGAUCCCAACUUCCUCAUCCACAUGCAGUCUGGUGAGAGACCCCAAACGGGUGCAGCUGGCAGGGGAGGAAGAGCCACUGAGACCCAAGGGGACAUGGAAGGCCCGUGACGUUCCUAGGGGUGACUGUGGGUAGAGCAGCGCUGGCCCCAGC